UCGCUCCGCUCCUCCCGGCUUUCUUCCCCGCUCUCCUCCCGCAGGUCCCGGAGCUCCGCCACCGCCGGGUGCAGGCGCGAUGCGGCAGCUGUGCCGGGGCCGCGUGCUGGGCAUCACCGUGGCCAUCGCUCACGGGGUCUUCUCGGGCUCCCUCAACAUCUUGCUCAAGUUCCUCAUCAGCCGCUACCAGUUCUCCUUCCUGACCCUGGUGCAGUGCUUGACCAGCUCCACCGCGGCGCUGAGCCUGGAGCUGCUGCGCCGCCUCGGGUUCAUCGCGGUGCCCCCCUUUGGCCUGAGCCUGGCACGCUCCUUCGCGGGGGUCGCCGUGCUCUCCACGCUGCAGUCCAGCCUCACGCUCUGGUCCCUGCGCGGCCUCAGCCUGCCUAUGUACGUGGUCUUCAAGCGCUGCCUACCCCUGGUCACCAUGCUCAUCGGCGUCCUGGUGCUAAAGAACGGCGCGCCCUCGCCCGGGGUACUCGCCGCCGUGCUCAUCACCACCUGCGGCGCGGCACUGGCAGGAGCCGGCGACCUGACAGGCGACCCCAUCGGGUACGUUACGGGCGUGCUGGCGGUGCUGGUGCAUGCCGCCUACCUGGUGCUCAUCCAGAAGGCAAGCGCAGACACGGAGCACGGGCCUCUCACCGCGCAGUACGUCAUCGCUGUCUGCGCCACCCCACUGCUGGUCAUCUUCUCCUUCGCUAGCACCGACUCUAUCCACGCCUGGGCCUUCCCCGGCUGGAAGGACCCGGCCAUGGUGUGCAUCUUCGUGGCCUGCAUCCUGAUCGGCUGUGCCAUGAACUUCACCACAUUGCACUGCACCUACAUCAACUCGGCGGUGACCACCAGCUUCGUGGGCGUGGUGAAGAGCAUCGCCACCAUCACGGUGGGUAUGGUGGCCUUCAGCGAUGUGGAGCCCACCUCUUUAUUCAUUGCCGGGGUCGUGGUGAACACCCUGGGCUCCAUCAUUUACUGUGUGGCCAAAUUCUUGGAGACCAGAAAGCAGAGCAACUACGAGGACCUGGAGACGCAGCCUGGGGGAGAGGAGGCGCAGCCAGGUGGAGACCAGCUGCCGUUCAUCAUGGAGGAGCUGCCCGCGGAGGGCGGAAAUGGCGGGUCAAAAGUGGGGAUGGCUACAGGUGGCUCCACUCAGCAGGGUGGGCAAGAGGCAAGGGGCCGCCCCAGAGGAGUCCCGCUGCUGGCUAGGAGCUCCAGGAUCUCAGACAGCCCUGAAGAAGUGAGCAAAAGGUCAUUAAAGGAUGCUUACCUCGAAGUGUGGAGGCUAGUUAGGGGAACCAAGUAUAUGAAGAAGGAUUAUUUAAUAGAAAAUGAGGAGUUACCCAGUCCUUGAAAAGGAAAUGCCUGUUAUGUAUAUAUGUACAUACACUUAUUUUAUAUGUUAGAGAUAACAUACUUUAAUGAGAGGCCGCCCAAGUAUAUGCUUUGAGGCGUAGGGGAGAAAAGCAAGGAAAGAAGCUGAAUGGACUGACAGCAACAAAAUUAACACCCAUGUGAAUUAUUUAGCAUGAGUUUACCGGAGGCAUCACAGAGACAAAAGAAUGUGAAGGUUCUUAACCAAGUAAGGCAGGGUUUCAGCUGCAGACUCCUGGCACAUUUUUUUUUUUGUCUUUACAACCGUAACCAAACAUCUGCAUGUACCAAGAGUCCCUCAACCACCCCCUCCAAAGAUGGUGUGUAGAAAUGAUGACAGCAAUUAAUAAGCUCAAAGAUUACAUGCAGGGGCACCUUUUUGAUGAUAGAGUUGCAGUUUUUAUGGCCAGCUGGGCAAAGAGUAUAUUAUUGAAAUAACAUAUUUAAGGAUACUGAGUUGAUGUUUACUGUUUAUAGUCAUCUGAAAUAUCAUGUUUACGCUCACUUUUCCUCAUUUUGAAAAAAAAUAUGAGUGCUCUACGAUUCUAUUAUACAUUGGUAGAAAAAUUUAAAGCUAUUUUGAGAAUAUGAGUUCUUAGCUUUAGUCCUGAAGUUUAAAGUUGGCUUUUGGUGAUUAUAAAAAUAUUUUAAAGGUUGGUUUGGUUCAUUGCUUUAUAAUAUUUAUUUUUGAAUGCCUGAGCCUUUUAUAAAAACAGUUUCACUGUGUCCAGUAUCCUUUCAAGUAAAUGCAAUGGCUGGCAUACAAUUCAGUAUUAACUGAAGCCAGACAGAAAUGAGACCAUUCUGUUAAAGCUAGCCUUUCAAAAUCCACUGCACAUCCCAAACCGUGUUAUAAAAAGAGCAACUGCUAUAUUCACUUUAUGAUAUUUUUCUAUCCUAAAUUUGUCAAAAUAAAGUAUGUGUCUAUCUGC